UGGAUCUGUGUUUGAUUGUAAAGCCUUGCAGCGCUCCGACAUCCAUGAGCUCCAGAUCGAUUACUAGUGUCUGUUCAGCGGCUCAUGGCGCUGUGUUGUGAAUUUCAGUUUUGAAUAGACAGGAACGUCUACAUUGAAUUGGGAGUAAAGAUGGGCCGUCGCUCAUCAGACAGUGAGGACAACAGUCGUAGCAAGAGGAAGAGGAGGCACAGACAGCGAUCGUCCUCCUCCAGGAGCUCCUCAGGGAACAGAGUGAGCAGCAGCCGCAGCAAACACUCCAGGAGACGCACGCGCUCUCACUCUAGAGACCGAAACAGGGACACAGACAAAAGGCGUAGGCAUCGCUCCAGCAGUAACUCUUCCAGAGGGUCGAGCCACAGGAGGAAGAGCCGUAGGUCCCACAGGUCUCAAUCCCGCAGUCGAAAUAGAAGGUCUCGCUCCUUUCACCGGAGGUCCCGCAGUCGCAGCAGAGACAGACUCGGCCAGCACAAAACCAGAGACAAAGACAGGACACGGGACAAAAAUAAAGACAAAGACAGAGAGUCAGAAAAAGCCAAAGAAAAGGAGAAACAGAGGGAAACAGGAAGCAGCAAAGCCGGAUUGGAACAUCUGACAUCUGCAGAACAGGCCAAGGCUCGACUCCAGCAGGUGCUCCACGCUGCAGCAAAAACCGAUGAAGUGCUGCGAGCAAAAGAAAACGAGGAAGGGCAAAAGAAAAUAAAGGAAGAAGAGGUAGUCUCUCUCGCAGAGCAGGUGAGGAGAAUAAAGGACAUCGAGGCCAUCGAGAGUGACUCUUUUGUUCCUCAGGCUUUCAAAUCAUCUCGGGAUACCACCAAGGUGACUGAAUCUUCAGAGAUUAAGAUAGAGACGGAGGGAGAGAGCGCUACUGUCGCCUGUCUCCCCACCUCCAUCACAUACAGUGACAGCAACACCUUGGCUCAUCCCAGUUUAUUCAUGGAUAAAGAGCGAGCAGAGAAGUUGUGGCUAAACAGACUGAUAUCUCUGCGUCAGGAGAGACUCAUGGGGAGUCCAGUACCUUGAAGACAACAACACCUCCCGAGAGAUUAAAACUGAGAGAAUAACACUUCAUCACUGAGUCCAAGUUCAUUCCUGGAGUGUUAACACUCAAUAUUUUAAAUACAUUUUCAAUGACUGGUUUUAGAUUGUUUGUAUGAUUUGUUUUCUUUCUAUGACCCCAAUCCAUUGAUUACAGAGUGCAUUUUAUACAGUGUGCUGGAACAAUGCUCAGAAAAAAGUGCAAGGGCACCACCUGGUGGUUUAAGUGAGAAAUAUUUACCUCACAAACCUUAUUCAGCUGUGGGAUGUUCUUGUAUCAAGAUUUGAUUAGGUUAACUCAUGUAUACUAACAAACCAACAGUACUCUAGUAUUACAAGUUACUUUCAGUUAAUCUACAUGAUAUUUUAUUUUCUCUCUGCUCUGUUUAUCAACUGAUUUUGAACAAACAAAUAAAGAAAGACAACUCCUUUUCCAUCAAAAUGCAUCAUGCA